AUGCUACCGUACCUCUUCCCUGACCUUGCUGCCUUUCCCAGAGUCGCUGAUCUCUUUACCCACCUCCGCGCUAGUGACACUCGCUACCGAGCUGCGCUUCCUGCUGACUUCUGCGCCGCAAACCCCCCUCCCAUGUACAUCACUCUCUACUUUCUCGUCACCCGUCUCCCUGAGUCCCUUCGUGUAGUUAGGGACCAGUUUCUCUCUGUCUGUCCCACCACCCUCACUGUCGACCUCCUCGAGAAGUCCCUGCUAGCGGCCGAGAAGAGCAUAGUCGCUGUAGGGGCCUCUCGUGGUGACCCUCGCACCCCCAUCUUUGAGGGUCGGUCGGUGCGGCGUCUGCCCCCAGCGGUAGGCGCCGCUCUGGCAGGGGCAAGGGGGGCAAGGGAGCGGGUGGAGCUAGCGGGGGCGGUGGCGGAGGAGGUGGGGGCGGCGGGGGGGGUGGGGGUGGCGGUGGGGGUGGUGGCGGGAGUGGAGGUACUAGUGGCGGCAGUGGAGGCGGAGGCGGCGGCGGAGGUGGUGGUGGAGGUAGCGGUGGGAGCGGCGGGGGCGAGGGUGGCGGUGACGGCGGUGGCGGCGGAGGCGGGGGUGGCGGUGGUGGAGGUGGUCGGAGUGACUCGUCCCAGCGGAGCAGCACUGGGGGUGGUCAGCGCCAGCAGUACUAGCAACACCAGCAGCAGCAGCAGCGCUCUCGCGACGUCCCCGCUCCUCAGCAGCUCCUGUGGGGGCGCCCACUCCGCCCGCCGCUGCUUUAGCCGCCUGACAGACGCUUGGCGCCAGCAGUUUCCGGAGGCCUCUAAGAUCCCCCGCUGGGGAGAGCUGUCUAGGGCUGGUGUAGCUAUUUUUUAUCUUGACUUUGAUGCUAUCCUUGCUGCCAUGUAUGCUGUGACUGUUAGUCAUGAGGGUGACUGUUACCGGUGUUUCCUGCCCGACCCGGGCAUUGGUACUGCUGCUCUAGGUACUGGUGAGGCUGCUGCUCUAGGUGCCAGUGCGUCUGUACUCUCAGGUACUGGUGAGUCUGCACUCUCAGGUACUGUGUCGGCUUCGGCCUCUCACACCUUCACCCUGGACUCUGGGGCGUCUCGCUCCUUCUUUCGGGACCGCACCACUCUCGCGCCGCUUAGUCGGCCGGUUGCGGUGUCCCUGGCUGACCCCUCUGGGGGUCCUGUCCUCUCUCGUUUCUCCACAGUCCUUCCGUGUCCGGCGACUCCCUCUGGCACCCUGUGA